AUGAUUGUGUCGCGCGACUCUGCGACAACGCUCGUUGACCCAGACUUUGACGAGAACGAUGUGCGCACAAUGUCUCCGCGAAGGAAUAGCGAAGAAGUCGACAAGCUUGGCGAGGAGGCGCGCAAGGACCUGAUUGAACAAGCGAAAGUCCUACAGAUGAGUCUGCAAGCGAUUGUAGACCGCGUGGAAACGGUCAAAAGUGAGCACGAGAAGCUUGAGGGCGGGAACAAAUUCCUGCAGUCAUACAUCGGCGAGCUCAUGCAGACAUCGAAGAUCACAUCGACAGCGCCCUUGAAAAAGGGAAAAGGCCGAAGCGGCAAAUAA